CGCGGCACGGGCCGGGUCCGUCUCUGGCGCUGGUUGAGGUAAAAGAGAAAAUGGAAAUAAUGACAAGAAGUUUUGCAGCCUUUCUUAAUUAAAUACACAACAAUCUUCUUGCUGCUUAUAGAGAAACCAUGCCAUUUUUGGGCCAAGACUGGAGAUCCCCUGGAUGGAGAUGGGUUAAAACAGAAGAUGGAUGGAAACGAUGUGAACCUUUCAGUCCUGCACUUGAGAAUAAUCAACUGAAUGAUAUCAGUCACACUGUCAUCAUAACUGGUGAUGGUGAAGAUGAAGAAAUAUAUGGUACUGAAGAUUGUGAGUUUGCAGCCAAGAAAAGGAAAAAAGAUCAUUUUAGGAAUAACACAGAUUCACAAUGUUUUUAUCGUGAAAAGUGGAUUUAUGUUCAUAAAGAAAGCACCAAGGAAAGACAUGGCUAUUGCACUUUGGGAGAAGCUUUUAACCGCUUAGACUUUUCAAGUGCAAUUCAGGACAUCAGGAGGUUCAAUUAUGUGGUCAAACUUUUGCAGUUAAUUGCAAAAUCCCAGUUAACCUCACUGAGCGGUGCAGCACAGAAGAACUACUUCAACAUCUUGGACAAAAUUGUGCGGAAGGUCAUGGAAGACCAGUAUAAUCCACGACUAAUCAAAGAUCUUCUACAGGAUCUGAGUUCUACUCUCUGUAUACUGAUUAGGGGAGUAGGAAAAUCUGUGUUGGUAGGGAACAUCAAUAUUUGGAUUUGCCGAUUAGAAACUAUCCUUCUGUGGCAACAACAACUAAAAAACCUUCAGAUGAACAAGCAAGUCAACAAUGGGCUUACACUUAGCGAUCUCCCUCUGCAUAUGCUGAAUAACAUCUUGUACAGGUUCUCUGAUGGCUGGGACAUUAUUACUCUGGGUCAAGUGACCCCAACUUUGUACAUGCUCAGUGAAGACAGACAGUUGUGGAAAAAACUCUGCCAGUACCAUUUUGCGGAAAAGCAGUUUUGUAGGCAUUUGAUCCUGUCAGAGAAAGGUCACAUUGACUGGAAGCUGAUGUACUUUGCACUUCAGAAAUACUACCCAAUAAAGGAGCAGUAUGGGGACACGUUGCAUUUCUGCCGACACUGCAGUAUUCUCUUUUGGAAGGACUACCACCUUGCUUUGUUACUCAAGGAUACAGGACACCCUUGCACAGCAAGUGAUCCAAAUACCUGCCUCAUGCCAGUGUCUCCUCAGCAUUUCAUUGAUCUCUUCAAAUUUUGAGAUGUCCAGUCGCUGUUCUCCUGUGUUUGUGGCCAUUUUUGUGAAGAGUCAGGCAGGAUAGAUUGUGCUUUUUGUGCAAUAUAUUUAAGCGUAAUGUUUUGUUGUAGUUAAAAAGGUAUGGAGGAUAUUACCAGACAGGUUUAUUUGGUGUCUUGUUUUUGUGCAGCAAAGAGCUGAGGAGAAGGAGAUACAUUAAGAACGUUUCUUUGUCUGGAAAUCUGCAGUGGACUUCUUUUCAAGUCCAAGACAGACCAUUUUAAUCUCAAUUUAAUCUGUUCUUUUAAUGCCUUAAUAGUUGGUUAAAAUUAUGUGGGGGAGUUGUGAAAAUUUCAUGGAAGAGUGAAACUACUCUUACAGGGACCAAAGGAGGGUUUUCAAGCCACUCCUUCCAAAAUGCCUCCAUAUAAUUUGCACUAUUAUAAAGAGCAGGCCAAUGUUCUCUGGGACUCAGUCCAUCAGGUACCAAGGUGGCAUUAAUCAUUGUGAGCUAGUGAAUAACGUAGAGCUGUGGUUCUAUCUGUUGGGGAACCUACAAAUGAAGGAAAUCAACCAUUCUUUGUACAUACAUUAUGCAAAAAUAUUUAUUUUUCUUAAGGACUUUAUUACACAUACAGCCUAUCUCAGCACAUAGGAGAGAACUCCAUCUGGGGCUACUGGAAAGUGACUUUUUUGGUGGUAGCUGCAGCCUUCAUUUGUACUGUUUGGUAUGGCUACAAAUGCAACUGCAUGAGUUCAUCUUCUAAGAAAAAGACAGGAUGAAAGUCUAAUGAGGAUGGAGUUUCUUCUUUCUAGACUAGUACAGUGGCAGGACACUAUACCACCAACUGAGGUUCUAACCUGACAAGUUUUUACAGGCUAUAGGAAACACUGAAAGUCAGUCUGACUUGAGGAACUUCUGUCAAUUUCAUCAGAUGAUGAAUUCUCCAGGAAGCUAUUUUCUUCUAUCCUACAGAACAAUAUUAAUUGCUUUGCUUAUUUUGGCAGGUAAAGGAGAAAUGAGGGAAGUUUUGGGUAUGUCAGUGCAAUUUAACAAAUACGUAAUGUACAGAUAAAAUAAAUCUUGUAUUAUA